UUGUUUAUAUACACUACACCAAAUCAAUAGUUAUUCUGCCAUUCUCUCCCUGUCUGUACUGAUGGUAGCCGUUAGAAGUUAGAGUAAUAGACAUGCUAAAUAUAUCAAAUUGAAACACUGAAGACAUUUGCCUGUUUAUUAAUGCUGAAGUGUUCAUGUAGAAUGGCAAUAUGCAGUUCCAGCUGUGUCGAACUGCCCCUCCCUGCUACACCAGUGUGAAUUCUUUCAGUUUCAUUUUGAGAAAUAUGAAAUCCAGUGGGGGGAAAGGAAACAUAACUGUACAAAUCAAGCCAAGAAGAAAACCGUAUGCUACAGUUGUUUCUGUAACAGCUUCAAGAGUCAUCACUGAUAGCAGCUUAUGAUUGUUAUUUUGAUUAAGACAAACGUGUAACAACUCGCCGACCUUCAGUAUAAGCAGAACUGAAACAAGGAAGAAUAAUAAGAAUAGAGGCUCUGGUGGCUGUAAAUAUUACAGUCCUUGUGACUAAUUCACAGAAAAGAAAAGGUGCACUGGACAUCUGCUGUUACCAUGUACUCAUCAUUUUCUUCUACAUUUGAAGAGGACUAUGAAUUGUCCUCUCCAUACAAAUCUUUACAUGACAAUUAUGUUCCCAAUAAGCAGCGCUCGAGUGGAGUUAAAACAUUGUUACUGGCCACUGGAUGUUUGAUUAUCCUAGGGGGCUUACUUGCCAUUGCUUUGCUAGAGGAGAUGAAAAAUGAGGAAAAGAUUAACAACGCGGUGAAUCAGAGCACCGCGUGUCAGCCAGAGCCACAUGCUGAACAAUGUGAUCAUGUAAAUGAGUGCAGGGUUGUUUUGGUUGAGAGUAUUCCUUUAUGGAUGGAUUAUGGGUCCAAUGCCACUUUUGGAGUACCGACGUAUAAGGCCUGGAAAGAUCUUCUGUCCACAGCGGCCGAGCAAAUCGAGAUAGCAUCGUUCUAUUGGUCUCUUACUGGUGAGGAUAUCGGAGUCAAGUCUUCCACUGACCAGUUUGGUCGAGACAUAUUGGAACAAUUAAAAGCCCUGCCAGCAAGAAACGUGUCUGUGAGAGCUGUAAGCAGCUUCCCUUCUGUGGCGACCAAGUCGACGGACCUGGAAGUUCUGAGAGCAAAUGGAGUGCAGGUCAGGCGAAUUAACUUUGGCAAAUUGACACGAGGAAUUCUUCACAGUAAAUUCUGGAUUGUGGACAGGAAACAUAUCUACAUCGGCAGCGCCAACAUGGACUGGAGAGCAUUAACGCAGGUGAAAGAACUUGGAGUAGUGAUUUACAAUUGCACCAGUCUGGCCACAGACCUCCAUAAGAUCUUCCAGUCUUACUGGGUUAUGGGUCACAGUAAUGCUACGAUCCCAAUUCCCUGGCCCCCUUUUUAUGACACAUCCAUCAAUAAAGAGCAGCCUCUUCAUGUGAACCUUAGUGAUGUGCAAAGUAAAGUUUACAUCUCGAAUUCCCCUCCUGCGUUCUGUCCGGAGUCACGCACCAAAGACCUGGAUGCUAUCAUGUCUGUGGUCAGCCAGGCAGAGCAAUUCAUUCAUGUAGCAGUUAUGGAAUAUUUUCCUGCUUCCAAGUUUUACUACCAUCACAGGUACUGGCCAGUUAUUGAAAAUGCACUAAUACGGUCAGUGUUCGAGAGGAAUGUUACGGUGCGUCUCCUGGUCAGUUGUGGCCGUGAUAGCGACUCCGCCGUACUCCCCUUUCUCAAGUCCCUCAGUGCUCUGAACUCUGCAUCUUACAGCAUGAGGAUAGAAGUGAAACUCUACAUCGUCCCGCUGGGUAACGAGACUAACAUUCCUUAUACCAGAGUCAAUCACAACAAAUAUAUGGUGACAGAAAGCAUGGCUUAUGUAGGUACCUCUAACUGGUCCGCUGACUACUUUAACACCACUGCUGGUGUCGGUUUAGUGAUAUCGCAGGAUGUUUCGCAUUCCCCCUCACCUGGAGACACAUUAGUGGGACAGCUGAGUGCUGUAUUCGAAAGAGACUGGGACUCCGAAUUUGCAGUGCCACUUGAAAAACUGGGCCACAACCCUGAUUGCGCUUUUUCUGCAGCAUAAAUGGACAAUGAUUCACUCAAUAUAAGAAGGUUUUAUUACAGUUGAAUGACAUGUAAUGAAAAAUGUGAAUGUUGCACAUUAUAUAACUUUUUUGGGCUUAACAACAGUCCUUUUUUCUCUUGUUGAUCAUCAAGUUCAAGAUUCAAGUUUAAGUUCAGCUUUGAUUGAUAGACAUUGGAGAAAAGCAUAGACCUACAUGUCACCUGCAAAUAUCACUACUGUCAAAAUUCAAAACAACGGCUCUCAAAGAAGGUUUUAUGGACCAGAGCCAGAUGGUCUGUGAUAUUUUAUUUUGUUACAGCAGUGGAAAUUAUUAAAAAUGUAUUAUACACUGUGUACAGUUUAAUUAAUAUGACUGGUCAAUUAAAUUAAAUUGGACAGCACUAACUUACAAACAUAGGUAAUAUAAAUAGUUGUCUUGGAGAAAACCGAGGUAGGGGAAGCUCAGUGGAUAUGAGGUUGGCCUUCUGAUCAGAAUGUGUUCAAAUCUAAGCUGCCACUGUUGGGCCCUUGGCUCUUCACCCUCAUUUACUCUGCUGUACAACUGUGAUAUCUGGAGGUUGCUCUGUAUAAGGGUGUCUACCAAAUGCCAUAAAUGUAAAGGUGUGUAAAUUGUGAGCAAAUGUGUGAAACUCCAUAAAGGUAACGAUGAAUUUAAUAAUGAACAUCAGAUUCAAAUAAUUAGAAUCUAAAAUAAAUCAUUGAUAAAA